AUGGAGGUGUUGAGUGAUGCGUUGGAAAGUUUGCAGAUACAGAGCCCCGAGGAACGGGGUGCGCAGGCGAAGCUGGCGAAGAAGUUGGUUGGGAGCCUUAGUGUCCCGCCUGAGCCUACCCCCAUCACCACCGAGCCUACCCCCAUCACCACCGAACCCACCGAACCCACCGCCACCACAACCACAACCGACCACACCCCAGCAGCCCACACAGCCUCCUACACAAUCACCUACGCCCCCACCUUCAAACACACCCACGCCCUCGCCAAAGCCGCCGACUUCGACACGCGCCUCACCGUCCUCGAAAAGUGCAUCGGCAUGCCUACCUCGGCACUCUCAGACCCCUCCCGCACCCUCCCCACAUCCUCCAUCAUCCCCACGCUCGACGAGCUCUCCCGCCAGAUGUCCGUGCUCACCUCGUCGUCAACCUCCUCGCUCGACGCGGCCUCCCGCCGCGUCCGACAGCUCACGCAGGAGGCCGAGAAGCUCGCUGAGGCGCGGAAGGCGGCGAAGGCCGCUGCUGACGCGCGCGCUGCUGAGGACGCUGCGGUCGCGGGUGAGGAUGUUGUCGCUGCGGUGGGGGCGGGUGAUGGUGUGGGUGGGGGUGUGGUGGGAGGGGUGGGAGGGGCAGGGGGGGCAGGGGGGGAAAGGGAUGCGAAGAUUAAUGCGCUGUAUGGCGCGCUGCCGACGAUUGAGGGGAUGGGGCCGCUGCUGCCGGCGGUGCUGGAUCGGCUGAGGAGCUUGAGGGCGAUUCAUGCGGAUGCGGGGCGGGCGGUGGAGGCGCUGGCGAGGGUGGAGAGGCGGCAGGAGGAGAUGGCGGCGGAGGUGGGGAGGUGGAGGGAGGCGCUGGAGAGGGUGGAGGGCGUGGUGGGGGAGAGUAGGGUUGCGGUGGGGGCGAAUAUGAAGGAGGUGGAGGGGUGGGUGAGGGAGUUGGAGGCGAGGUGUGGGAUUGUGGAGGCGUUGGAGAAGGGCGUGUAG